AAAUGGCUGCAGUGCGACUUCUGGCGCGGUGGCCAUUUUGGAACUGGGCAAAGCAGCAGCAAAAGUCACUUCUGAGCAUGCUCCGCCCAGUUCCAAAAUGGCGGCAGCGCUACUUCCGGUCUGCUACUUCCGCCCGGUCCCUUAUUUCUCCGACAGCAACUUGGCAGGUAUGGGUAGAGGGCCUGUAAGAGGCAAUCACAAUGACCCAUCAAGUCCAGCAUCCUGUCCUCACAGUGACCAACCAAAUGCUUAUGGAGAGUCCAAAAGAGGACCUGAGAGCAACAACACCUCUCCCUGCUUGGGAUUCCCAGCAACUGGCCUUCAGAUUGCCUCUGAACAGUGGAAGUGGAUGAAGUAUACAUUGGUUCAUGCAAGACCCAAGGCAGCGAUUCAGCUUACAGUCUUUAUUGAGGCCUCAGGAACAGACUGGGGGAACAGGGGAAAGGGUCUGAUUUAUAUAUGCUUCAGCCAGCCCCUGGCAACACCCACUUAAUGCCUGAUUGGAUGCUUUGCACCAGGCAGCGAAUCACAAUGCGGGCUUCAGAAGCCUGGCCUGCAUUGUGACGUGGACUCAAGCUCAGAGCAGGAGACACUAAGGAACAUACUCAACAGUAGAACACAGCCAUCGUGGCUAGUAGCCAUUGAAAGCUUCAUCUACCAUUCUGAUCAUCUUUUAAAGCAGGCAUCCCCAAACUUCGGCCCUCCAGAUGUUUUGGACUACAAUUCCCAUCUUCCCAGACCACUGGUCCUGUUAGCUAGGGAUCAUGGGAGUUGUAGGCCAAAACAUCUGGAGGGCCGAAGUUUGGGGAUGCCUGUAUUAAAGCUAUCAGGUGACAAUAAUAUUUUUAUUCUGUUUAUUGAUUUCAUAAAAUUUAUAUACCACUUGAUUGCAAAAAAAUAAAUAAUCCCUCAAAGUGGUUUACGAAAAAGAAUAAAACAAUGACAUUAUCAAGAGUAAUAAUACUAAUACUAAUAAAUCCAAUGAUAGCCAGUCUGGACUGGCCAUCUGUUCAAAAUUCUUUGAAGAGAUUUUUCACCCUGCACAGGUGGCCCAUCCAUAGCUGCCAAGUCUCCCGUUUCCCCCGGGAAAACCCCUUUUUUACUUACCUUUUCCCGGUGGUCCCCCGUAUCACUUGGUCUCCCGUUUUUCUCCGUUAUUUUCUCCUGCCGGCGGCCAUUUUUUUCUUUCCGAUUUGCCCUUCUAUGGGCACCCAAAAUGGCUGCCGCCAGCUUCAAAAGUCGCAUCUAUGCAUGUCCGGAAGUGCAUAGACGUGACUUCCAGUGUUGGCAGCGGCCAUUUUGGGUGCACAUAGAUGGGCAGAGUGACACCGGAAGUUGCGUCGGUGCACUUCCUGACAUGCGUACAAGUGACUUUCGAAGCCGGUGGCAGCCAUUUUGGGUGCCCAUAGAAGGGCAAAGCGACACCGGAAGUUACAUCGACGCAACUUCCUGUGUCAAACAGCUGCCGGUCCCGGAUUCUGCAGUCCGGAACUUAGAAGGUAAGGGCCCAUCCCGUUUUGUGGCCUGAGGCAAAAUGGGAGGGUGCUGCCCCCAUGCCUUGCUUACUUGCGGUUGUGCAGCAGCAACAGCAGUGGUGGCAGUGGCAGCUUCUGGGGAGAUCUAGUGAGAUUUCGUUGGAAGCCUCGGCUGCUACUUCUUGCUUCCCUGGUGGCGGUGGGCAGGUCACCCACGGGGACACUGCCCUGUGGGAUUCUGCCACCUGAGGCAGCUUCCUCAAUCUGCCUCAUGGAUGGGCCGGCCCAUGUCCUCUGUAAAGCAGGACGUGUGGCCUCUUCAGAAAGUGCUGCUGCUGACGCCUUAAAGCUCAGCCAUUGAUUUCCUUUGCACAGCUACUGUUCUUCAGUGCCAGCACCAGGUGAUGCAAUAAAAGCAGGAGAUCAGCGCAGAGCCUGUGCAUGUCUCCAGGGAAGGCCGGCCUUGGUAAUUAAGGACAUUUGAGGAGCUGCAGUGGGCCCGACGUCCAUGCCAAAUUAACAGCCAACAGCAAGGCCUUCUCUGGUUAAUAUUUUAACAGUGUUUUUAAUGUUUAUGAAGUGACUUCUCUUCUUGACACUUGAAAUGGGCCCCUUUCAGGCUCGGCUGCAGAAGGAGAUUUAUUUUAAUAUUAUUGUAUUUACUAUUGAUGCCUUCUUGCAGGGACAGCACCACAUAACUGCAAAUCUAUACCGAAUGACCCAGCUUGAAAACAAUUCUUUAUCCGUAAACCGGCUUCAAGAGACACUGCGAAAGCAGACGUCACGAAAAGGGCGACCGCCUGCCAGACUCUUUAUUUUAUCAUAGCUGAAUUUCGGAGCUGGUGCUUGGCCAGUUCACCACAGAACAGGAGUAUCUUCGGCCCUGUCCCUGCUCCUUAAAUGUCCUCAAUUACCAGGACCAUCCAUCCCUUGAGAUAAACACAGGCUCUGGGUCCAUCAGCCGUAGGGUGGGUAGGUCAGGAGCAUCCCAGACCCUGAGAUUUUGGGGCACAAAGCUGAUACCUGGGGGCCGCCCCUGGUGAUGUCACUGGGCUAGCCCCUGGAGAUGGAGGUUAAUUGGGAGAGUGGAGUGGAGGAGGACAGAUCCCCUCCCUAGAGUUUAUGCUAUAAUUUGCAGCCCACUCUUGCUGGGCUGAAGCUUCUAAGCUGCAUGCACAGUUUUCUCGUUUUAUUAAAGGCGCUGUUGUCCUACUGGAAAUUCAAGCCCUCCACCUGCCACCUGCAGGGAGCUGGGCAAACCUGGAGACAUCAGGUCAGACUCUGGAGGUCUGGCAUCACUAAUCCCCUUCUUUUAUUGCACUGUGUUGUGGUGGCACUGGAAGAAAGCAGCAGCUCAAAGGAAAUCAAUGACUGAGCUUUAAGACAUCGGCAACAGUGCUAUGCCUUCAUUCUCUUCUUUGGGUCUGGCUGCCUUAACUCACUGAAAGGAACUGCAAAAACAGGAGCUUAAAUCUGGCAUGGGAAGACUGAUUUUUGGAAUACCCUUUGAAAAAUAUUUUAAAAUUUGCAUUGGUGGCCCUUUUCAUGACUCUGACAAGUGAUUUGUGUGCACAAUUUAUCUGUGUCGUGUCAGAUUAUAAAUUCCGCAGGCACGGAUCUGAUUGCAUUUGUUGAGAGGCAUACCACUUUUGCAACAGAUGCCCCUGACUUUCCAAUAUGCUGAGGGGAGGAGGGAGGGAGGGAGGGAGAAAAACACACACAACUCUUCCCAGUUUCUCAACAUCAUGCAUAAUCUUGGACACCUCUUCCAUUUCCUUCUUUACUCUAUGUUGUGAACUGCUCUUAGAUCUAAGGAUGAAGGGCAGUAUAACAAAUUUAAUAAAGAAAAUAAAUAUCCCUUUAAACGGAAGAUCCCCAGACUAAUAUCUAGAUACUUGUCUGGGUGCUCCACAAUCUUGUUGUGGUAAGCAGUCUCAGGGGUUUCCUGUCCAUCAAUCAAGGCCUGGCUGAACUUGCCUGGGGUUGGAGGCAAUUGUUCACUGCUCGUUCGAUACCUGUAAUCUCAGUGGCUCUGGCAACUGCUUAGCAAACGGGGCAGCUUCUCCCUUAACAGCUGAGGAUCAUCUUGCACCCAGAGGCCCAUGGAAUGGAUGGCCUCCGUAAUUUUUAUCUCUGCUGUUCGAACUACAGAUGUUUUUCUCCACUACAAAAGUGUCUGAUCUUCUUCCUGAUAUUUACAAGCUGUUUGCUCUCCUUUGCACCCCGAGGUCUUGGGUUCCACAGGUGGCUAAGCUUUGGUUUUCAGCCUUUUUGGUUUGUAAAGUUGUGCUGCCUGCAGGACUGACAACUUGGCUCCUCCGAGCUUUCCAGUGUGAUUCCAGAUCUGGGCAGGGUCGUAAAUUGGGUUGGGGAGGAGCAAUGCUGCUGCCUCAGCACAGCUGCUUUGAGGGCACUGCUGUGCAGAGAUUCCAGGGAGAAUGGAGCUCAUGUUGUGGGGCACUGAGAAAAACACACAGGCUUGCAUUUGUUUAGAUAGGGUUGGGAAUGUGUUAGGUAUUUGGCACAGGUGCAAUAAGACCGGCAAUGGAGAAAUGUGCCUGUCAUCUGUUGGGUGGGUUAGAGAGCUUUUAAUCAGUGCCCAUGAUUCUGGAUUACAGUUCUCUGCACUUCGUCUGUUGAAUGCAAGCUGAUUCCAUGGGGUAGUGGAAAAGACUGGGUGGGGUGACUGGCAGUAAUGGGUAGCAUCCAGCUAAAUUUUACCUGGAGUAAGCCCACUGAAAUUAAUGGACCCAAAUUAGUUAUGUCCAUGAAUCCAAACGGAUCUACUCUUGUCAUACUCAUACCCUUCAACAUCUCUCUGAUGAAAAUAGAGACGUCCCAUUCCAUAAUGAUAAUUUUACUAUUUAUACUUCACACAUCAUACUGGGCUGCCCUAGCCACUCUGGGUGGCUCCCAACAUAUAUUAAAAAACAUAAUAAAACAUUAAACAUAAACCCCCCUUCCCUAUACAGGAUUGCCUUCAGAUGGCUCAGGGGUCGGAUAAAUCCAUACCUAAUAAUAAUAAUAAUAAUAAUAAUAAUAAUAAUAAUAAUAAUAAUAUAUUAUUUAUACCCUGCCCAUCUGGCUGGGUUUCCCCAGCCACUCUGGGCGGCUUCCACCAGAAGAAUAAAAUAAUCAAUUAAAGAUUAAAAUCCUCCCUAAGCAGGGCUGCCUUCAGAUGUCUUCUAAAAAUCUGGUAGCUGUUUUUCUCUUUGACAUCUGAUGGGAAGGUGUUCCACAGGGCGGGCACCACUACCGAGAAGGCCCUCUGUCUGGUUCCCUGCAACGUGGCUUCUCGCAAUGAGGGAACCGCCAGAAGGCCCUGGGCGCUGAAGUUGAACCUCAGUGUCCGGGCAGAACAAUGGGGGUGGAGACGCACCUUUAGGUAUACUGGACCGAGGCCAUUUAGGGAUUUAACAGUCAGCCCCAACACUUUGAAUUGUGCUCGGAAACGUACUGGGAGCCAAUGCAGAUCUUUCAAGACCAGUGUUAUGUGGUCUUGGCGGCCGCUCCCAGUCACCAGUCUAGCUGCCAACAUUUCUCCAAUGAAAAUAGGGACAUCCUAAGGAAAAGUGGGACAUUCCGGGAUCAAAUCAGAAACUAGGAUGGCUUCUCUAAAUCAGGGACGUCCCUGGAAAAUAGGAACACUUGGAGGGUCUGCAUGCUCAGUCAGGGUACCUUCCCCCACUCCUUUUUGUCCAGGCAGUCCCUGACAGUGUUUCACAGAAUCUCUCCCCCCCCCCCUCUUUGGAAUGCAGUGCAAAACCUGAGCCCUCUGCUAUUCCCUGCUAGGACUUUGAGGGUGUUUCAUCAAACCGUUGAUUCUCUUUCGGUGUGCAGACAAUUUCUGAUGGAAGUGUUCCUCUUCUGAUCCCCCCCCCCCCCCCGUGGAGGAGAGCCUCGUUCAGCGACCUUUCAGAGAGCUCUCAGAAUGAGAAAACAAACAAGGCUUUAGCCUUGACUGGCAGUUCCAAUUAGGGAAGAGGCAGGAGGGUGGCGGUUCUGCGCAGAGGACGCCUCACCUGACGCAUCUGCUGCGAUGACUGGCAGGUGCCCCUAGCCUGGAAAUGGGACUGGAUCGGCCCACCUGCCAUGCUAGCAGCUGCUGGCUGUACUUUCGAAGAAGACGGGGACUUAAACCAGUGUGAGUAUAGCCAAGGUGUUGAGGAUGACUUUGACUGGGAGCUGACCCGGAGCUACCUCAUGCCCCACCUGACAUCUGAUCUUCCUCAUGGGUCCUACCUGAUGGUCAACUCCUCUCAACAUGCUCAGGGUCAGAAAGCUCACAUCCUCUUCCAGACGCUCAGUGAGAACGACACCCACUGCCUCCAGUUCAGCUACUUCAUGUACAGCCGGGACGGCCACAGCCCAGGGACCCUGAACGUCUACGUGAAGGUGAACGGGGGUCCACUGGGCAGUGUGGUGUGGAAUGUCUCUGGCUCCCAUGGGCGGCAGUGGCACCAAGUGGAACUAUCCGUCAGUAUGUUUUGGCCCAAUGAGUACCAGGUCCUGUUUGAGGCAGUGGUCUCCAGUGAACACAGAGGAUACCUAGGAUUGGAUGACAUCCUGCUCUUGAACUAUCCGUGCUCUAAAGCACCUCAUUUUUCCCGCCUGGGUGAUGUGGAGGUGAAUGCCGGUCAGAACGCCACCUUCCAGUGUGUUGCUUCCGGCAAGGCAUCUGAAGCAGAGAGGUUCCUUAUGCAGAGGCAGAAUGGAGCAAUUGUCCCGGCAGCUUCCGUGAAACACAUCAGCCACCGGAGAUUCUUGGCUUCCUUUCAACUGGAUAAAGUUUCCAAUGGAGACCAGGACUUUUACCGUUGCGUUACCCAGUCUGGCAGGGGCUCUGGCGUCUCCAACUUUGCAGAACUGAUUGUGAAAGAGCCCCCUACGCCCAUUGCACCCCCACAGCUGCUGAGAGCAGGCUCGACGUACCUGAUCAUCCAGCUCAACACCAAUUCCAUUAUCGGAGAUGGCCCCAUUGUAAGGAAGGAAAUUGAGUACCGAAUGACCUCUGGGCCGUGGUCGGAGGUUCAUGCUGUGAACAUGCAGACCUACAAGUUGUGGCACUUGGAUCCAGACACGGAAUAUGAGAUCAGUGUCCUGCUUACCCGGCCAGGGGAUGGAGGGACUGGAAAACCUGGGCCUCCCCUCAUCAGCAGGACAAAAUGUGCAGAACCCAUGAGGGCUCCCAAGGGCCUCGCAUUUGCUGAGAUUCAGUCCAGGCAGCUGACCCUUCAGUGGGAACCUCUGGGCUACAACCUGACGCGAUGUCACACUUACACCGUCACGCUCUGCUAUCGCUACGCCGUGGGCACUGGCCACAACCAGACGUUCCGGGAAUGCGUGAAGAUGGAGCGCAAUGCCAACCGCUACACCAUCAAGAACCUCCUCCCCUACAAAAAUGUCCAUGUCAAGCUCAUCCUCUCCAACCCCGAGGGGAGGAAAGAAGGGAAAGAGAUGAUAUUUCAGACGGAUGAAGAUGUCCCCGGAGGCAUUGCUUCGGAGUCCCUCACAUUCACCCCCUUGGAGGACAUGAUUUUUCUGAAAUGGGAGGAACCAGUGGAGCCCAAUGGCCUCAUCACACAGUACGAGAUCAGCUACCAGAGCAUUGAAUCCUCUGACCCAGCAGUCAAUGUCCCUGGCCCACGGCGUACCGUCUCCAAGCUCCGAAAUGAAACUUACCAUGUUUUCUCCAACCUGCAUCCCGGGACAACCUACCUCUUCUCAGUGCGGGCACGGACCGGCAAGGGAUUUGGCCAAACGGCUCUGACCGAGAUCACCACUAACAUCUCAGCUCCUAGCUUCGAUUAUGGGGACAUGCCCUCCCCUCUGGGAGAGUCAGAGAGCACCAUCACCAUUCUGCUGAGGCCGGCACAAGGCAGAGGUGCCCCUAUCAGCACAUACCAAGUCGUUGUGGAAGAAGACAGGCCUAGGAAGGUCAAGCGGGAGGUGGGGGGCCAGGAAUGCUUUCCGGUGCCCCUAACCUUUGACGACGCCAUGUCCCGUGGCUCAGUUCACUACUUUGGAGCCGAGCUGCCCCCCAGCAGCCUCACAGAAGCCAAGCCCUUCACGGUAGGGGACAACCAAACCUACAGUGGCUACUGGAAUCCACCGCUGGAGCCCAAGAAGGCCUAUCUCAUCUACUUCCAGGCCAUGAGCCAUCUCAAAGGGGAAACGAGGCUGAAUUGCAUCCGAAUAGCCCGGAAAGCUGCCUGCAAAGAGAGCAAGCGUCCCCUGGAAGUGUCCCAGCACUCAGAGGAAAUGGGCCUCAUCCUGGGCAUUUGCGCCGGAGGACUUGUGGUGCUGAUCAUCCUCCUGGGGGCCAUCAUUGUCGUCAUACGGAAAGGGAAACCAGUCAACAUGGCCAAAGCGACAAUCAACUACCGCAAUGAGAAGACACACAUGAUGAAUGCAAUUGAUCGAAGCUUUACAGACCAAAGCACCCUGCAGGAAGAUGAGAGGCUGGGCCUGUCCUUCAUGGACACACACAACUACAGUAACAGAGGUGACCAGCGCAGCAGUGUUGUCAAUGAGUCCAGCAGCUUGUUAGGGGGUUCCCCUCGGCGGCAGUGUGGGCGCAAAGGCUCCCCCUACCACACUGGUCAGCUCCAUCCUGCCGUCCGAGUGGCUGAUCUUCUCCAGCACAUCAACCAGAUGAAGACUGCGGAAGGCUAUGGCUUCAAACAGGAGUAUGAGAGUUUCUUUGAAGGCUGGGAUGCUUCAAAGAAGAAAGACAAGACCAAAGGGAGACAGGAUCACAUGCCAACCUAUGAUCGGCAUCGAGUUAAACUCCAUCCACUUCUUGGGGACCCCAACUCGGACUAUAUCAAUGCCAACUACAUUGAUGGUUACCACAGAUCCAACCACUUCAUAGCCACUCAAGGCCCCAAACAGGAGAUGAUCUAUGAUUUCUGGCGGAUGGUGUGGCAGGAGCACUGUUCUAGCAUAGUGAUGAUAACCAAGCUGGUUGAAGUGGGAAGGGUCAAGUGCUCCAAAUACUGGCCAGAUGACUCAGAGAUGUAUGGCGACAUCAAAAUUACCCAGGUGAAGUCGGAGACAUUGGCGGAAUAUGUCGUGAGGACGUUCACUCUGGAGAGGAGGGGCUACUCAGCAAGGCAUGAAGUAAAGCAGUUCCACUUCACAUCAUGGCCAGAACAUGGGGUGCCUUACCAUGCAACCGGGCUCCUGGCAUUCAUCCGCAGAGUGAAGGCCUCCACACCUCCCGAUGCAGGACCCAUUGUUAUUCAUUGCAGUGCCGGCACAGGGAGGACAGGCUGUUACAUCGUCUUGGACGUGAUGCUGGAUAUGGCUGAGUGUGAGGGUGUUGUAGACAUUUACAACUGCGUGAAGACACUAUGCUCACGGAGGAUCAACAUGAUCCAGACUGAGGAGCAAUACGUCUUCAUCCACGAUGCCAUCUUGGAAGCCUGCCUGUGUGGAGAGACCAGUAUCCCUGUCAGUGAAUUCAGGCCCACAUACAAAGAGAUGGUCAGGAUAGAUCCUCAGAGCAACUCAUCACAGCUGCGGGAGGAGUUCCAGCAGACUCUGAAUUCUGUAACACCCCACCUGGAUGUGGAGGAGUGCAGCAUCGCUCUUCUGCCACACAACCGGGAGAAGAAUCGCAGUAUGGACGUGCUGCCUCCAGACCGGUGCCUCCCCUUCUUGAUCUCCAUGGACGGAGACAGCAACAACUACAUCAACGCGGCCUUAACCGAUAGCUACACAAAGAGUGCUGCCUUCAUUGUGACCUUGCACCCACUACAGAACACAACCACAGACUUCUGGAGGCUGGUGUAUGACUAUGGCUGCACCUCCAUCAUCAUGCUGAACCAGCUCAAUCAGUCCAACUCUGCCUGGCCUUGUUUACAAUAUUGGCCUGAGCCAGGACUCCAGCAGUAUGGACCAAUGGAAGUGGAAUACGUUUCUAGGUCAGCUGAUGAGGAUGUUGUCGCUCGUCUUUUCCGGGUUCAGAAUGUAACACGGUUGCAGGAAGGGCACCUGAUGGUUCGACACUUUCAGUACCUGCGGUGGUCAGCCUACAGAGACACCCCUGAUUCAAAGAAGUCCUUCCUGCAUUUAUUAGCCCAAGUGGAUAAGUGGCAGGGGGAGAGCGGCGAUGGAAGGACAAUCGUCCAUUGUUUAAACGGGGGAGGCCGGAGUGGCACUUUCUGUGCCUGCACCAUGAUCUUGGAGAUGAUCAAGUGUCACAAGCUGGUGGAUGUUUUCUUCGCUGCAAAGACCCUCCGCAACUACAAGCCAAAUAUGGUCGAGACCUUUGAACAGUACCACUUCUGCUAUGACCUAGCCCUGGAAUACCUGGAGUCACUGGAGACCAGAUAGCACCUUGCCAGAAGCGCGCAGGCAAGUGUUUGUUUUGGGUUUGUGCCAAACAUGCAUUUUGCAUCCAGACUUUUGAGUAAGAGCAAGAAGGAGGAGGAGAGAAGAGAAUACAAGGAAAAGAACGGAAACUAAAAAGGCAAGAUAUGGGGCCAUGUUGUCCAUCCCCUACCUUCAUCUUUCCUCCUAAGCUUCUGCUCCCACUUCUCCAGCUGCUGGCAGAGCAGAGCCUACACAAACUCAUCCCAUCUACAAAACGAUUGUGUACCUGCCAGCCUGGAGUUUGGCUCCUGUGUGUUGUUUGUGCAUGUAUGGACUGGAAGAGCCUCAGGCGUAAUCUCCUUGUGACUGCACCAAUCACAGCCUAGAAAGGGAUCCAUGCCGCCACCGAGACUGGGAGGAGAGCUGGAGUCCAGCAUCUUUCACAACGACCACAUGCGAUUCGAAGAAACAGUGGUGUUCUGAAAGCUUAUAAGAAGCUCUUUGAAGGCGAUCAUGCAAAAUCUUGGCAACCAUCCUUCUGUGGGAAAGUGUGUGCCAUCUUGGACUGACAGUGAAAAUCGGGACGUGUACAGUUUUUCGCUCUUUGUUUAUAACCCUACGUUUAUUGUUUCCAGACUAAUGCCUGCCUCCAAAGAGUGUUUCUGAAUUUAUCCCUGGUCUAACCUUACCUGUAGGAAAACACAGUGAAUGAAUUUUGGGGAUUAUCUAAGAGAAAGAAAGCACACAGGCUACUUGCUCCAAGACUAAGGUAGCCAGACCAGAUUUUGUAACAACCACCAUGUCUUUGUGCCUGGAUACUCCACUCCAAACAGCAGAAGCUUUAGAAGGGGCUCCCUUUUUAGAGUGUCAAUCCUCCAGCCCUUUCAAGGCAUUUUCAAGAGGGCUACCCCAACACUGAAUCACCCCAGAUAUCACACCAUUCUUCAGAAUGUCAGCCUCUAGAACUAACUCUGUCUCUAUCUCAGACACACACCUACAGUGGUUCCGGACACCACCAGCAAGUGAUUCAGCAGAAAAGUCUAUCCUCCAAAUGGGUUUGACCAUAUUUCUGAGGACUGGCUGACAAGUGGGGACAAACAGGGAUGAGACAGAUGCCAAUGGCAAUGCAGAUCCAUUCUUUUUUUUAAGGGUCAGGCAUGAGCUUCAGGUUGUGGGCUGGCUGCGGCUUUGAGAUGGAAGGAGGUCACUUGUAAAUUAUUUCAGAACAUAGGACUAAUGUGGUUCAAAUUCAUUUUACCUGGAAAGGUAAGUCUGCUCUCCCAGCACACAGGGGCAGACACUUCCACAUUUAUUUUCUGUAGCUUGGUUCAGUGAAUCAGAACUUUAAAAGCAUAAAUUGUGGUGGUUACCAACAGAAGCAUAAGAGAGUUGGGUGGGUGGGAUUUCUUCAUUCUGUGCCCUUAGCUGUGAAGUUGGGCCUGCAGCUGGGGUGUGUGGGUGUGUCAGAAUCUGUGGGGCCACUUUCCUUCCCUUUCCUCCAUCAGCUACCUCCCACUCUGGGUAACAGACUUUUCAUAGAUAAUUAGCAGAAGGGUGUCUCCCUGCAAAGACGCUCCUCAUCUCACCACCGAAGGACCCUAGUUGCAGUCUCAGUUGCUCCCAUAAAAUCCUGAUUGGCCAAGACACUGACUGAACUAGCAAAGGAAGGAGAGAACUCUUAGUGGCUAGGGGUAUGCAUUCAUCAACCAAUGCAAAGGAACAUAUGGGAGACCUAUCCAGAACCCCCUUUUGUGCACAUUUAGGAGAGUUACCUUAUUUGGCAGCCAUUCCUGGCAGUCCCCAUUCAUUCCCCAAAUAUCUGCAUCAUUCCAGAGUGGUGAUGUCGGCCAAAUUGGGAGCCACCAGAUUAUGUGGGGAUCACUAUUUGUUCUACCAUGCCCUGAAAUGGCACAAUGUUCAGGGCAAUCUGAGCAACAACAAGAACAACAAAAUAGCCUGGUUGCUGCCAGGAGGAAUGAAUCUUUGCUGAGCUGCAGCAGCACAAAAGCUGGGGGCACAAAAUAGUGAUUAUUAAAACUGGGGAAAAACCCCCAACAUCAACAUCUGAAAAUGAAUGGGAAUAUCAAGAUGGAUGAAAUGCUAAGAAAUAUGAAGCAAAGAGUUUUCAGUAGCAAAGGCAAAAGGUAUUCUGAAAUUGGGGAGAGGACGAGCCUCUCAGACCCCUAAAGAGUACAGUUUUCUAGUCAUGCUAUGGAAACCAGCCCUCUUUUGUUUUCAGCCACUGGCUUUUCCAUCCAGAUUACCAUUGGUGCCUCCAAGAAGAUUUAGGACACCUCUUUCCUGCAUGGGUUAAAGGCAGUUCAAUAGGCCACUGUGCAAAAAUGAAAACCAAAAUUGUUGCUCCUAGCUAAGAGGAAGCCAACAAGGCCUAUGGUAUCAUACGGCACUUAUAAUCGACAUCAAUGCCAGAGUAGUGGGGGGAAUUAUUUGAGGGUGGAACUGAUGGAAAACAUAAGCUGAAAUUAAAGGGCUCCUCUACACCUUUCUGAACAUAGAGAUUCAUACUGAGAAAUGCCACUUUUGUGAAUAGCAACAUAUGGCUUCCUGUGUUCAGAGCAAAGGCAACCACCAUUCAUUUUUCUACAAACUUUUUACAAGAGUAUUUAGAAGGCUGUGCCAAUGGCACUGUUUCACAAGGGUGUAGAAUGUGGCACUGAAUUCAGCUUGCUGAGACCUUUCAUACGGUAUUAGUUUUUCUUUUUUAAAACAACAACAACACAUGACUGAGUUCCAGCCAUCAAGACCGUAGAUGCAUUCUUGAAAUGCCUGAUGAACUCUCUGAAGACAGAGGUUUUGCUUUGCUGGAUUUUCAAGGAUUGGAGGUGGAGUUUAAGUGCUCUGCACAGCUCCUGUCUACCUCCUAUGACUACAAAAAUUGGAACAGAUUAUACAAAACGGUAAAGAUUUUCAGAAUCCUGCAAAAUUAAGAGGCAUUGUGCAAAUUGGGUUUUUUUUGUAUUCUUUAUAUUGGUUACCAAAUCCAGCCUUUCUUAGUGCAGGAUUCUAUUUCAGAGUUCACAUGGUCUGAUACAGUAAGUCUCCUUGAUUUAAAGUAACACGGGAUGUGUCCCAAAUCCCAGAAAAGUAUCCCCCCCCCGGGGGGGGAAUGUUUUAGGGGAAGCAGUGCUAAGAAACCUUCACCUUGCACAUCUAGCAAGCAAGAUAUAAGUCAAACAAUUAUUUUGAGGAUGCUUGCUAAUAUCCAUUGUUUUCAUUACUGAGCAGUACGGCCCUAUUUAUGGAGAAAUAAACAACUACUGCCAUGUACAUCUCCUCUAGAUCAGACACCCCGACAGUUAAUCCAAAUGGAAACGUCUGUUCACACGGCAAAUAAAUAAAUAAAAAGCAAAUAAGCAUAUUUUGUUUAUGAAGUUGUGUGUACAUAUUGCAGCAAGCAUCAUCAUAGAAGCAUAAUUCCCCCCCUCUCUCACACACAGUGAGUUUGAUACAAAUUUGAUACAUAACUCUAUUUUUUUUUCAAAAAAACCAAACAAACAGCAAUUUUGCAGAAAAUUAAAUCUGCCCGAAUAAUGGGGCAACACUUUUUAGGCUUCCAGAAUGGUCUGAAUCUAUUAACUAGCCCUGCUAGCUAACUAUGCAUGUCUAAAGCUGAACUGGGGCAUCCAUCCCUCAGAUAUUUUGGAUCAAGGAGACUGCGCCAAUGCAAUCCUAUGCACACUUACUCUGAAGUCACUCCCACUGCAUUCAAGCUCUGCUGUCAUGCAAAUGUGCACAGGAUUGCAAUUCAGUUUUUUAUUUUGUUUUAAAGGGAUGCUAGAUGUUCAGGUCUGGAUGGAAAGAAUAUUUCCUAACCUGUAUGAUGAAAAAAGCAGCAGUAGUUAAUAAAUGAACCAUCCAGAUCUCUUUGCUCUGAAGAUGCAACAACACGAUGGGACUUUGGGGGCUCUUUUGAUAUUCUUGUUCCUUACUUUCCACCGUAUGUUUGUUUGAUACUUUGUGGGAAAUGACAUUCUGCAGUCCCACCUGCUCUGUCCAUCAACACCUGGCUGUUUUGCUGCUGCUCGGAAGCUUUAACUCUGUGUGUGGACUCCUGGUCGCCCGAGUAGACGUAACGGGCUGCUUCAUUCAUCCCAUUGGAGAAACACAAAAUUGUAUGAAAAAUGCUAAUGCCUUCAAUAAAGACAAGACAGUUCGUACAAAAGCUAUCCUGCCAAGGAAUUUAUAUAUAUAUAAAUAAAUAACCUCGGUAGAGGCAGAUUGUGUAGUAAACUCACGUAUCACAUGGCAUCCACACACCUGUAAAAGAGAGGCGCUAAACAAAAGUUGGGGUUUUGAAUGGCAGCAAAUGUAUUGAAUUAUUUUAACUGGAUCUUCAAAUGGGUAAGACUGCUAUGUGAAGCAGCAAGGCUAUCAUAAUGGUCUGAAUCUAUUAAUCUCUAGAAAUUUGAGUGAUAGGAAUGUGAUCCCUCAGUCUCAGAUUUGUUGGACGAGCUCCCAUGGCUCAAGGCCUCGGAGCAAUUAAUUCCCCACUCCUUGCUAGCCCAUUGAGGGAAUUCUGAACUCUUUCCACACCCCUCUAGCCAUGAGGCUUUGAGUGGUUGAGCAGGGUUCCUGUCCCCUCCCCUCCAGCCAUGAAGCAUUGAUGGACAGGUCUGAUGAAGCAGCCCUUCAUCUCCUCGAACUUGCUUCAAGGUGUUCACCAAUUAUUUCUCCUCCUGCCCCAGUUUACCUAACUCAACACUGGAACUUCCCCCUACAAUGGAGAACCACCUGAUGACCAAGGCCAGUAUGGGCAAAUGAUCCCCACAAGAAAUCCAAAGCCAGGUGGGACCUCUUGGGCAGGGGACUCUAUAUGGCUCCAAGUAAAUGGCAAACAGAACAAGUCCUAUACUAACUAAUGGAUAGGAGAGUGCCUGCCAAGUCGCAACCGAGCACAGGGAGAGCUUGUGUCAGAUGAAACAGACUUGAGACUGCCUCUCCUCAGCUAAUUCCAGCUGGUAGCAAAGGUCAUCUCAGGAUUUAGUGGGCUGGGUAUAAAGGCUGAUCCACCCAGCUGCCCUAAAGAAUGAUAAAUUGGACCCGUACUGGAGUGGAGUCUUGUUUUGGUAGUGGAAAUAGAAAAGAGCAGAUGUUGAGAGGCGAUAAAACGUUCUAGAUUUCCACAGUGGGGUAGGGGUGGGGAGAAUCAUGUCAUUGCUCAGGUCAGUGUUCCUGAAAACAUGCAGCACUAACAGGAAAGUAAUACAAUCCUAGUAGCGCUGCUUCAACAGAGGUAUAGUAUCCAGAGAGGAAGUGACCGUACCACUCUAUUCCACCUCAGUCAGGCCCCACCUGGAAUACUGUGUCUAGUUCCAGGCACCAGAGUUCAAGUAGGAUAUUGACAAGCUGCAGCAGAAGGGUGACUAAGAUUAUAAAGGAUCUGGAAAUCAAGCCUUAUGAGGAAUGGUUGAAGGAGUUGAGUAUGUUUAGCCUGGAGUAGAUUGAGAGGUGAUGCACAUUUACUUAGACUCAUAUAGAAUCAUAGAAUCAUAGAGUUGGAAGAGACCACAAGGGCCAUCCAGUCCAAUCCUCUGCCAAGCAGGAAACACCAUCAAAGCAUUCUUGACAUAUGCCUGUCAAGCCUCUGCUUAAAGACCUCCAAAGAAGGAGACUCCACCACACUCCUUGGUAGCAAAUUCCACUGCUGAACAGCUCUUACUGUCAGGACGUUCUUCCUAAUGUUUAGGUGGAAUCUUCUUUCUUGUAGUUUGAAUCCAUUGCUCCGUGUCCGCUUCUCUGGAGCAGCAGAAAACAACCUUUCUCCCUCCUCUAUAUGGCAUCCUUUUAUAUAUUUGAACAUGGCUAUUAUAUCACCCCUUAACCUUCUCUUCUCCACUUAUUGAAAGGACUUUCAGGGCACACUGAAAAAUGCAGAAAAACACAGGAAACGUUUUGGGGUUUGUUUGUUUUUAAUGUACUUUGGUAUUUAGGUUUUCUCAGCAUUUUCACUUUUCGAUGCCAUAACAAACUAUAUAUUAAAAAACAAAUACCCCAAACAUGGCAAUUUAACCAUUCAUUAUAGCCAUCUGGAUGUGCAGUCAUUCCCCCAAAUGUUACCCCAAAGCAGACUGAAAGAAAGACAUCUUCAGAGCUCUCUUAAAACCCAGUGGUGACAUUAGAGAGAAAUUUGAGUCAGUUUGCAUUUAAAGACAAAUCAACGAGACUUGUGUUUUCCAAAACAAUAUGCAAACCAAAACAGAGCCCUCCUUCGAAUUCACACAUAACUGAAUUUUGUGAUGUAGUUCUUCAACCAGACAAUAUUUACCAAAAAUGCCAAUAAAUGCCAAUAAAAAAAUCAAUAUAUGGUUAAUUUUCAUGAGGUUUUUUCUUUCUUUUCAAAAUUCCAAAUAACUGAAUUUAAGAUCGGGAAAAAAUAUUUCCAAUCCUAUAUUGUCACGUAUCCCCCCUCCAACCAGGAAGUGCCAAAUCAUCAUCUUCAUCCCCAUGCAGCUUCAUUAUUGUUCCACUUUAAGAUAUGCUUAAAAUGCUCCAUUCUCUUGCAGCUUAGGAAUUCGUCCUUUCUGAAUUUCUACAUUGAAUGCCUUGAUCUGCACCUUUCAGACUCAUAUGUGCAUGAGAAUUUAGCAGUUCGCUGGCUUUAGCACUCCUCUAAUUAUUGCAGUUGUCAGCAGUUUAUAUUAUCAUGAUAUGCAAUUACCGGUAAAUAGCUAAAACAUAUUUUGGAGAGGAAACAUGUAUUUAAAAAUAUGUUUGGAAGGAUUAUUUAUUUUAUUUUUACUGUAGAAAAAAAUAUUAUUCAUGUCAUUUCUAUACAGCUUUACAUUUUGUAGGAAAAAUUCUCAGAGCAGUUUACAACACAUUAAAAGACCAAACAAUCAAAAAAUGAAGCAUUACCGAAGAAAAUAGAAGGGGAUUGUGGAUUUUAAAAACCACAAAGUGAGAAAGAAGAGAAAUAGAUACAUUCAUCCUAUUCCAGCCUUGUCAUUAGCUUUUGCUGCAAAAAUAGCAGGUUGGAGGAGGAAUAACACACCCAGUUCUACAGUCUUAUUCCUCUGUUUAUUUC